GUUCCUAGGCCCCUGACUGUAGGCACUGUUUGAAGCAUUUGUCCUCAGAAAGGAUUAUCUGGUAAUUAUUAAUUUGGAUUAAACGACUCGGCUCAUCUGGGGAAUCCGGCAGUUAUCCGGGUCUGCGGCUAAAAUGAAGCUCGCUCUGUCUUACCUCCUAAUCGUAUGGCUUUCAGAAAGCAGGCUUGCAGAGCCCAAGAAAAAUGAACACGGUGGUGCAGACGGCCCUGAGUCACGGGACACAACCCCCUCUUCUCCAAAUUCCACGAGCAUCCCCGCAUCUCCCUUGUAUACCUACACGAAGUCUGCAGCCCCUGCAGCCCCCACGGCCCACACGACCCCCACGGUGCCGCUGGACGAGCACCUGAGCUCCCGGCAGUGCCUCAAUAAGAAGUUCACGCUGCGCUCCUGUCAGAAGGUUUUCUGCCCCCCCUGGAUGCGAUGCCUUAACGGGAGGUGCGAGUGCAAAUUGCCGUAUCAGUGCCCCCGGGAGGGGGCCGCGCAGGUCUGCAGCACACAGGGCAGGACGUACAUCUCCUACUGCCAGCUCAAGGCUGUUGACUGCAUGCGCGACACGGCCUUGUUCGAUCGCUUUGUCACCGACAAGGCAUGCAAAGGAGAUUUUUUCAAGGCUGACCUGAAAGGUAAACAAAAUAUAAUCGAAGUGAAGAUGGAUUCCGAAACCUUCCUCAUCUGUGGGAAUGACUGGAAAAUAGAGGCUGCGAAUGUCGCAUGCAGACGCAUGCCGAACGGCGAAAAAGGUGCAGAACGAGCCACAACGAUCCCGUACGGAAGGAUCACAGACCAUGACCUGUUGCCAAACAGCUGCGUCAGUGUAGACUGCAAAGGCUUCGAAGGGUCCUUAGCAGAGUGUACGUUUACUCUCCCAAAAGUUGUCAACAAAUUUGACAUGAUUGCAACGGCUACCUGCUACAUCCAAAGAGACUGCACCGCAGCAGAGUUCCGUUGCGUCAACAGGAAAUGCAUCCCCCUCAAUCACACCUGUGAUGCAGCUGACGACUGUGGGGACGGCAGCGAUGAGAUGUGCUGUAAAAAGUGCCGUGGGGGAUUUCACUGCAAAUCCAAUGUGUGCAUUCCCGAUUCCUCUACGAUGGACGCGGUCAUUGACUGUUUAGGAGGGGAAGAUGAAGCUUCAGAAUCCUUUCCAGUUCAGAAACAGCAUAAACACCCUAACGUCAACAAAGAAGGCCCAAACCUGCAAGCCGGAACCUCAGCAAAGAAUGAGAUCAGAGUCGCACGGGAUACCAUACAGAAGCUGGUGUGUGGGGUGACGAGUAAGACGCAGAAACGGAGGAAGCGUGUGAUUGGAGGCCAGGAAGCCGGCCAGACUCAGUUCCCCUGGCAGGUGGCCAUCCAGGAGUCUAAUAGCAUCGACUGUGGAGCCACCUACAUUGGGGGAUGCUGGGUACUCACUGCAGCCCAUUGUGUCAGGCCCAGACCAGACGCCUACCAAGUGAAGCUGUCUCUCUGGAGCAAACUGAAGAAGCUGGAAACCACGGACAUCGUGCCUGUCCAGAACAUCUAUAUUCACCACGAGUACAAUCCCAACACCUACCAGAACGACAUCGCCCUGAUCGAACUGAAAAAGCUGCCCCAGUCAAACACACAGUGUUUCCACGAGAAUGCCGCUGUGGCCCCAGCUUGCAUCCCCUGGUCUGAGUACCAGUUCAUGCCCGGCCACAAUUGCAGUAUCUCUGGAUGGGGGCGUGUGUCAGAAAGCAAAACGGCAGCAGUUCUGAGAUGGGCGAACAUUGAGAUAAUAGGCGACUGCUCAGGGAUUUAUGGACACAGAUUCUAUGAGGGGAUGGAGUGUGCAGGUUCACUGGACGGGAGUGUGGACAGCUGCCAAGGGGACUCUGGAGGUCCGCUCGUGUGUACGGACAGCUUGGGUGUGUCCUACGUGUGGGGCAUCGUCAGCUGGGGGGAGAAGUGCGGCGUGGCUGGCUUUCCUGGGGUCUACACCAAAGUGGCCCAUUACUUUGACUGGAUUGUCUCGCAUAUUGGCAGGGAGGCCAUCAGCAAAUACAAUGUGUGAUUUGUGUUGAAUGUCCAGGCCUUCAGGUGCAUGGUGUCUCCUGCACACGCACUAUGGUCUAAAUGAUAUAAUACCUGAAAUCUGUAUCUAUGCAAUAAUCCUCCAAAAAACAUUGCAAAUUGUCAUUCCCCAUAUUUUGGAACUGAUUUGACCUAAAAUAUUAUCUGCACUUUGUCAUAAUAAUAAUAAGAAUAUUUGUAAUUACUCCUAAUGUUUUCUUCUGUCAGAAAUCAGAUCACGAAUCAACUGAUGUUCAGCACGAUAUUUUUUUAUUUUUUCUUCCAUCGACGUGGUAAUUCAAACACCGUGAAACACCGUGAAAAACUGAAAUAAAGAAAAUUACUAUUACUAA